GCACAGCCAGCAGCCCAAGAGCAAGGUCCCAAGGCUGGAUAUCUUUUGCCUCGGCUGCUUAGCCGGGGCCUCAGAGUCUUGAGCGCAGGGGACUCAGCGUAGGCCCGGGCGAAGCGUGCUGCGCCAUGGCGGUACGGCAGCCGGUUCCCGCAGUGGACUGGGAGAUCGACGUGGAGAGCCUGGGGCUGGAGGAGGACGGCCGCGCGGCGCCGCCGCCCACGCCGCCCGGGCCCAGCCCGCCGCCGGCCGACAGGGACGGCGAGGAUGACGACGACGCGGAGGACGAGGACGAGGACGACGCGGAGGACGAGGGCGAUGGCGAGGAGGCGGGCGCGUCCCCGGGGGUGCCGGGCCGGCCGGAGCAGCAGGAUACCCUGGCUCCGAGGCCGCCUCCGGCGCCGCAGGCCUCGUCGGCGCCGGCCGGGCCCCCGGAGCGCGGCGCAAACGCGGGCGGCGGCGGCGCCGGCGCGGAGCUGCGCAAGCUCAGUCGCACGCCCAAGUGCGCGCGCUGCCGCAACCACGGUGUGGUGUCCUGCCUCAAGGGCCACAAGCGCUUCUGCCGCUGGCGUGACUGCCAGUGCGCCAACUGUCUGCUAGUGGUAGAGCGGCAGCGCGUCAUGGCCGCCCAGGUGGCGCUCCGGAGGCAGCAGGCCACCGAGGACAAGAAGGGGCUUUCCGGGAAACAGAAUAAUUUCGAGCGCAAAGCCAUGUAUCAGAGGCAAGUCAGGGCACCCAGUUUGCUGGCCAAAAGCAUUUUAGAAGGCUACCGCCCCAUUCCAUCAGAGACUUAUGUGGGAGGGAGUUUACCUCUACCUCCCCCAGUAAGUGACCGGAUGAGGAAAAGGCGGGCCUUUGCUGAUAAAGAGUUGGAGAACAUUAUGCUGGAGAGAGAAUAUAAAGAGAGGGAGAUGUUGGAAGCUUCCCAAGCUGCUGCCUUAUUCCUGCCCAAUCGCAUGGUACACGGUUCUGAAUACAACUCCUACAAAAGUGGCUACAGUCCCACGCCAGUGGAACCACCAAGCAAAGACUUCUGCAAUUUUUUGCCCACCUGCCUUGAUCUCACCAUGCAGUAUUCAGGGUCUGGGAAUAUGGAACUAAUUUCUUCCAAUGUCAGCGUGGCCACGACUUACAGGCAGUAUCCCCUGUCCUCGAGAUUUUUAGUUUGGCCCAAGUGUGGCCCCAUUAGUGACACCCUCCUCUACCAGCAAUGCCUGCUGAAUGCUACCACGUCAGUUCAGGCCCUGAAGCCUGGGGCCAGCUGGGACCUGAAGGGAGUCCGACUGCACGAUGGACUCGGAGCAGAUCAUGAUAUAAUGCCACCGAAAUUGGAAGGCUCUCUGGUGCCGCCUCACACUCCUGAGGGCCAGAUCUCAAGAAGUGACCUUCAGGGUCACCAGGCCGUCCCCGAGAGGUCUGCGUUCUCCCCACCCCGACGGAAUUUUUUGCCGGUUGUUGACACGGACUCCCUGGCAGCUCAAGGGCACGUCUUAACCAAGAUCAGCAAAGAAAGCACCAGGCACCCUCUGCCACUUAAACAUAAUCCAUUCCACUCAUUAUUCCAGCAAACUCUUAAUGACAAAUCAGGUCCCGAGUUGAAAACAUCAUCUGUCAAAGAGGCCUUUGAGGAGGCCCCUAAGAAACCCAGAGAGUGUUUAGUCAAGGAGAACCAGAAGUACACAUUUACAAUAGAUAGAUGUGCAAAAGACCUUUUCGUAGCCAAACAAGUUGGAACAAGACUCUCAGUGAAUGAACCGCUGUCAUUUUCUGUUGAGUCUAUUCUUAAGAGGCCUUCGUCUGCCAUCACUCAUGUCUCUCAGUGAAAGGCCGCUGAAAUGGGAAGCUGGAUUUUCUGCAGUCUCAGAGGAUUC